AGUAAAAUCAGUAGUGACGAAGUAGCAGAAAGCAAAGUUUACAGUUUGAGAAGUUAUGUUAAUGGAGGAAGAAGCUUCAGCUUCACCAUCCCUACAGGGAGAAGUAGAAGACGAGUACGAUUCCAAGGAGAGUGUAUUGCAGCGAUACUUUCUUCAAGAAUGGAAGCUCGUCAAAUCCCUGCUCGACAACAUUGUUUCCGCUCGCCGUGUCUCCGAUCUCUCUGCCGUCCAAAAAAUUCGAUCCAUUUUGGAUAAAUAUCAGGAGCAAGGCCAGCUCUUAGAGCCAUAUCUUGAGAUUAUGAUUUCACCUCUGAUGGAUAUUGUCCGAUCAAGAGCGGUAGAAUUAGGGACAGCCUCCAACGAGAUCACUGAAGUGAUCCAGCCUAUAUGCAUAAUAAUAUAUUCUUUGGUUACAGUUUGUGGGUACAAGUCUAUUAUUAGGUUCUUUCCUCAUCAGGUCUCAGAUCUUGAACUUGCGGUAUCCCUUUUGGAGAAAUGUCAUGCCACAAAUUCUGAUACCUCACUAAGGCAAGAAAGUACUGGAGCAAUGGAAACAAAAUGUGUCGUACUUCUUUGGCUUUCUAUUCUUGUGUUGAUUCCUUUUGACCUAUCCUCUGUGGAUACUAGCAUGGCUAGUAGUGACUAUACUGGGAAAGAUGAGCCUCCUCCAUUGGUAUUGCGGAUUUUAGAGAUCUGUAAGAACUAUCUAGCAAAUGCAGGUCCUAUGCGUAGCAUAGCUGGAUUGCUGCUGUCAAGGCUCUUAACACGGCCAGAUAUGUCAAAGGCAUUCACCAGCUUUAUUGAUUGGGCGCAUGAAACUCUUUCAUCUGUGGAGGACAGUGUUAUAGACCACUUUCGAUUGUUAGGUGUAGUUGAAGCUUUGGCUGCCAUCUUUAAGAUCGGUAGCACAUCAGUAUUGCUGAAUGUAGUGCCACUUUUAUGGAAUGAUGCAUCUACUUUGAUCAAGGCUCGUACUGCUAUUCGGAGUUCUUUACUCCGUAAGUAUAUUAUAAAGCUAGCCCAGCGGAUUGGGUUAACAGUCUUGCCACCUCGCUCAGCAACUUGGCAUUAUGUGGGUAGAAACAAGGUUCUUGGAGAAAACAUAUCCUUAAAUGAGACAAGAAAUUUUGAGCAACUAAAUAAUCCCGUGGACACAAACUCCUGUGAUACAUCACAAGAAAUGAGCUGCCUUGAAGAAGAAGAUUUGGAUGUUCCAGAUGUCUUAGAAGAUAUUAUUGAACUUUUGCUGUCAGGAUUGAGAGAUACGGACACUGUUGUGCGAUGGUCUGCUGCAAAAGGUAUUGGCCGUGUUGCUUCACGUUUAACUUACUCUCUUGCAGACGAGAUCCUCUCAUCCGUACUGGAACUCUUUUCUCCUAGUGAGGGAGAUGGUUCAUGGCACGGUGGGUGCUUGGCCCUAGGAGAACUUGCACGCAGAGGACUACUCUUACCAAUCAGCUUUCCCAAAGUUGUUCCAGUGAUCAUAAAGGCUUUACAUUAUGAUAUUCGAAGAGGACCUCAUAGUGUCGGAUCCCAUGUACGUGAUGCUGCUGCCUAUGUUUGUUGGGCUUUCGGCCGUGCAUAUAACCACCGAGACAUGAAGAAUGUGCUGGAACAGGUUGCCCCGCAUCUUCUAACAGUGGCGUGCUAUGACCGUGAGGUUAAUUGCAGAAGAGCAGCAGCUGCUGCUUUCCAGGAAAAUGUGGGGCGACAAGGGAAUUUCUCCCAUGGCAUUGAUAUAGUGAAUACUGCCGAUUAUUUUGCACUGUCAUCUCGAGCGAACUCAUAUCUAUCUGUUGCUGUUUUCAUUGCUCAAUAUGAUGGCUACCUUCGUCCGUUUGUGGAUGAACUGUUGCACAAUAAGAUAUGUCAUUGGGAAAAGGGUUUGAGAGAACUUGCUUCCACUGCCCUUUCGUUGCUUGUAAAGUUUGAGCCUGAAUAUUUUGCAAAUGUAAUUUUGGAUAAAUUAGUUCCUUGCACUUUAUCAUCUGACUUGUGCAUGCGGCACGGUGCAACCUUGGCCACUGGGGAGGUAGUGUUGGCUCUUCAUAAGCAAAGUUAUGCCCUUCCCACAGAUAAGCAGAAAACAGUAGCUGGUAUUGUUCCUGCAAUUGAGAAAGCACGACUUUAUCGUGGUAAAGGAGGAGAAAUCAUGCGUUCUGCUGUUUCUCGUUUCAUUCAGUGCAUCUCCAUAGCUAAAAUAUCUCUAACUGAAAAGAUUAAACGAAGUUUGCUUGAUACCCUAAAUGAGAAUUUGAAGCAUCCAAGUUCUAACAUACAGAAUGUUGCUGUUGAAGCCCUCAAGCACUACAUUCCCACUUACUUUGUAAUGAUGGAGAACAAGGGAGUCAAUGAUAUCAUGUCAAGAUAUCUUGAACAGUUAAGUGACCCUAAUGUGGCUGCAAGACGAGGAUCAGCUCUGGCACUUGGUGUUCUACCUCUUGAGCUUCUGUCUAGAGGGUGGAAAUCUGCAAUAACAAAGCUCUGCCGUUCAUGUAAAAUUGAGGAUAAUCCGGAUGAUAGGGAUGCUGAAGCACGGGUCAAUGCUGUCAGAGGACUUGUAUCUGUUUGCGAAACUUUAUCUGAGGCUGGAGAAGCAUCUGAUUUUCUUUCUGGAGAAGAUGGGAUCGCCUUGUUUCCCCUUAUUAAGAAUGAAGUGAUGAGCAGUCUUUUUAUAGCUCUUGAAGAUUAUUCCACUGACAACAGGGGCGAUAUAGGUUCUUGGGUUCGUGAGGCAGCAAUGGAUGGCCUUGAGAGAUGUACAUAUAUUCUGUGCAAGAGAGAUUCUCUAAAUAAAGAGAUAUCAUCUUCUUUACAACUUGAAAAAGGUGAUAACUCGGGUGAUGAUCACUUCAGCUCAUAUUUUGAGGCUAGUUUGGCCAAAAAUUUAGUUGGAGGCAUUGUAAAACAAGCUGUGGAGAAGAUGGAUAAACUGCGGGAGUUAGCAGCAAGGAUUCUCCAAAGACUCCUCCAUAAUAAAACCAUUUUUGUGCCACAUAUACCACACAGGGAAAUUCUUGAGCAUAUAGUUCCAAAUGAGGCUGAGCUCCUGUGGGGGGUUCCAACAUUUUCAUAUCCUCGUUUUGUUCAACUCCUUAAAGUUAGUUGCUAUAGCAUAUAUGUAGUGUCUGGGUUGGUUAUCUCCAUUGGUGGUCUACAAGAGUCUUUGAGAAAGGCAUCGCUCAGUGCGUUGCUAGAUUAUCUUCAGAAUAAAAUAACUGAAGGCCACAAUAAAUCUAAAGAACCCAGUUUGUCAUUGGACAUUCUAUGGAUCCUUCAGAGAUAUCGAAGGUGUGAUAGAGUCAUUGUACCCACUUUGAAGACUAUUGAGAUUCUCUUCAGUCGGAAGUUGUUGUUGAACAUGGAGGAUGAGACUCCAGUAUUUUGUGCGGGCGUUCUGGAUUCUCUCACUGUAGAGUUGAGAGGAACAAAGGACUUCUCUAAGUUAAAUGCAGGAAUUGCAAUACUAGGAUAUAUUGCUUCAAUUUCAGAUCCUAUCAGCAUUAAGGCAUUCUCUCAUCUACUGACUUUCCUUGCCCACCGUUAUCCAAAGAUCCGAAAAUAUGCUGCUGAACAAGUAUACCUCGUUCUUCUGGAAAAUGAGAAUCUAAUUUCAGCAGACAAACUAAACGAAGCGACUGAAAUCAUUACUGAAACUUGCUGGGAAGGUGAUGUAGAAGAAGCAAAGAAGAGAAGGCUGCUGCUGUACGAGAUAGCCAAUGUUGAAACUGCAGCAACAGUAAAUGCUACUACUAAGAAAGAAUCUGGAAAGGCUGUCGAUCAAAAUCAGGCUUCUGCUGAUGAGGAUGCGUCCUACUCUUCAUUGGUGGGAUCAGCUGGAUAUUAGGACCAGAAAUAGGUUGUUUCACAUAUUUGAUCAACUGGUUGUCUGAAGCAAGCUAACUGCAAAAAUGCAAGUUUGUUCAAGGUUAAUUCAGGUAAACCCCUUCUUUCAUCAUCUUGUGCUGUAUCAACAAAUCCAUGCCAACAUAUGAGCUAUGUAUUUACAAAUUUUGUUUGCCUUUUUAUUGAUUCUGAAAAUGACUAUUCCAAGUAUUGUUUUUUUACCAA